AUGUCGAUUCCAGGCUUGGGCCAGAUCCCGCAACAGCCCGAGACCGCUUCUACCCGCAUCGUCGCCCUCCGACCAGGCUGGGAAUGGCGCUUCCACGCCCCCACGGCCUCGCCCCUCGUCAUCAAGAUCGUCUCCGGCACGGCUGAGAAGGACGGCGUCGAGCUCGCCCCCCGCAACGCCUACACCUUCCGGGCCGCCCGCUCCAGGAUCCUCACAUGGCAGGGCUGCGAGAUCGAGGUCGACGGCCGCACCGACCACGACUCGGUCGCCCCCUACGCCAGCCCGGCCGACAACCCCGCCAACGCGCUCCUCAACCUCCACGCGCAGCUCAACGACAUGCGCGCCGCCGCCGCCCGCGAGAGGAGGGAGGCGCCCCGGGUCCUCGUCGCGGGGGCCGCCUCGACGGGCAAGACGACCGCGGUGCGCACGCUCGCCAGCUACGCCACGCGGCAGGGCGGCCAGCCGCUCGUGGUCAACCUCGACCCGGCGGAGGGGAUGCUGAGCCUGCCCGGGUCGCUGAGCGCGAGUGUGUUCGCGACGGUGAUGGACCCCGAGGCCACGGACGGCUGGGGGGGCACGCCCACGAGCGGGCCGAGCACGGUGCCCGUUAAGCUGCCGCUCGUCUACUACUACGGGGCCAGGGAGCCCGAGAAGGAGCCAGACUUCUACAGAGAGCUGGCGAGCAACCUGGCGGGCAGCGUGAGCGCCAGGCUGAGCGAGGACGAGGACGUGAAGCGGUCAGGUGUCAUUGUGGAUACGAUGGGCGUUGACGGGGAGAGCGAGCUUGGCGUCGACCUCCUAUCUCACAUUAUUGAGGAGUUUUCCAUCAACGUUGUCGUGGUCAUCGGCACGCCAUUACUUGAGCAGGAGCUCGCGAAGAGAUUUACAAGCGUCAAGACGAGCCUGGGCGAGCCAAUCGACAUCGUCCUGCUGGACAAGUCGGACGGCGUGGCGCACCGGGACCAGAACUUCAUGCAGCAUGUCAGGGAGGCCUGCAUCAAGGAGUACUUCUUCGGCGAUGCUCGGAGAACGUUAAGUCCUCAGAUCCAGCAAGCCGACUUCGACGGCUUGGUCAUCUACAGGGCCUCUGAGAUUGUCCUCAACGGAUUCGCCCGUGAAGAGGCGUCGGUGGAGAUGCAGCAUUGGACGUUUGCCAUAAUGAGCGCCGGACCUCGAGACCUGCCCGAUACAGUGCGGGCGUCCAGCGUCGUGGGCUUUGUGUACGUAUCCGACGUGGACGAGGAGAGGAAGAAGAUCAAGCUUCUUGCGCCUGUGAGUGGUCGGCUCGGCGAUAAGCCGCUGGUCUGGGGAAGCUGGCCAGAGCCGUUCAUCAACUUGCUGGGUUAA